UGAAUGAAGAAAAAGUUGUAGAAGCAGCUUAAUCUACUAAUCUGCUCCAUGUGCUUUCAUUCAGAUAUUUAUUUUUUUUCUCAUGUGUCUUCGCCUGUCCAAAGGAUUAUACUUUUUUUAUAAAAAGAAUAGAGAAUAAUAUAAUAUGCUUCUAAAAGUGUCAAAUAUGUUUAAUUUCAAAAUGGUACAACAAAUAUUAUUAGAUGAAGAAAAGUAUAUAUCAGAUGUGUUUCAAAAAAUGGCUUUACCGUUUACAGAGAAAGAUUCUAACGAGGACAAUGAGGGCGAAAACAAUGAGGAGCGGCAGUUUAUGGAAGUGCCGAUGGGUGAUAAGAAGGUAAAAAGAGCUCAAACUUUCGAAGAAUUAUAUGCACGGCUUGAUGAACUAAAAAGCAAAGGAAGAUUGGAUUAUAGAGAUCGAAAUUUAAAAAAAGGUUUAAAAAGUAGAAUAAAGAAAAAAUCCAAAAAGGAAGAACGUAUAAUGCAGAAAAAACUUGCAAGAACAGAAAAAAUAGCUGCUGCUUCUUCUAAAGCUAAAGAAGAAUGUGUCGAAGCCUCAAAAAUUCCAAAACAAAAGCCAAUCUUUAAUUCUGAAGGCCACAUGGUCUUUAGUAAAUUUGAUUUUUCUCAAGUUGGUACAAAAAGAAAAUUAAAUAAUGAAAAAAAUUCUAAAAAAAUAUUACAAAAAAUUGAACUGAAGAAACAGAAAGUUAAAGAACUUGUUGAAAAUGGAGAAGUAGAGAAAGCUGAUGAAAUUAAAAAAAAAGAAGCAUGGAACGCGGUACUGGCUAAAGCUAAAGGAGAAAAGCUAAGAGACGAUCCAGAACUUUUAAAGAAAUCAAUUAAACGAGAGGAAAUGAAAAAGAAGCAUAGUGCCAAAAAAUGGGAAUCAAGAAUGGAUUCCGUUCAAAAAACUAUACAAGAAAAACAGCAUAAGCGACAAGAUAAUAUAAUGAAAAGAAAAAAGGAAAAGAAAAUGAAUAAAUUAAAAAAGGCCGCUAAAAAAGGACGAUUAAUAUCAAAUAUUUAGGUUAAGUUUCAUUGUAUUAGAUGUAUAUAAAUAAUAAUUCAUUAAUAAUAAUGAUAAAAUGAUAAACCUUUA